GCCUCCAAGGAAAGAUGAACAGGACUGUGUUCCUUCCCAGGAUGGGUCUCUCCCUACCUGAGAGUAAGGAGAUGUCCCCAAAACUGUGUUCAGACAGAACAUCAACUCUCCCAGAGAGGCUCCAGCAGGACCAAUGCUACUCCCCCUAAAAAGGGUGGCAGAGCCCUGCCCCAGAAAAAGUGGGCCCAGGUCCCCCACUUCCAACAACUCAGGAACAGCUGGAUGCCCUCCCAGAGGGUAGUACAACAAAUCUUAGAUCUGACCAGGGGCAAAGGGAUCCUCUCCCUAGAAACUUUAAAAGGCACAUACUAGGGAGAAGGAGGAGGAGGAAAAGGAGGACAGCCAAGCCUCUGCUUCUCCCUCUCCUUCCACAAAGUCCCCUCCUUCCUGCCCACAGCCCUCAGAAGCAGCUCUGUUACUUCAGGGGUAACUCAUUGAGCAAAGAAGACUCCCAGCUGCCUUUCCACAGAGUGCAUCUGCUCAGCAGGGCCCAACAUGGACCAGUCUGUGGCCAUCCAGGAGACGCUGGUUGAGGGGGAAUAUUGCAUCAUCGCUGUGCAAGGUGUGCUGUGUGAGGGAGACCGCCGGCAGAGCCGCCUGCUGGGGCUUGUGCGCUACUGCCUGGAACACGGUGGCCAGGAACAUGCUCUCUUCCUGUAUACGCACCGGAGGAUGGCCAUUACUGGGGAUGAUGUCUCUUUGGACCAGAUAGUGCCAGUCUCGCGGGAUUUUUCACUGGAAGAAGUGUCCCCAGAUGGUGAACUCUACUUCCUUGGUUCAGAUGUGACUGUCCAGCUGGACACAGCAGAGCUCAGCCUUGUAUUCCAACUACCCUUUGGCUCACACACCAGAAUGUUCCUCCAAGAAGUUGCCAGGGCCUGUCCAGGUGGUUCUAACUUUGACAUUUCGAGGCCAGAUGGGAAAGGCCUGCUGGUGGACCAAAGCUCUGGGGGUCAGAGUAAAGCAGAACACUUGUUCACAAGACAGAAUAAAUCCAAGUCUGAAAUAACUGAUAUGGUUCGUUCCUCCACUGUCACAGUAUCAGACAAGGCUCAUAUUUUAUCAAUGCAGAAGUUUGGACUGCGAGAUACAAUUGUGAAAUCACAUCUACUACAGAAAGAAGAGGAUUAUACAUAUAUCCAGAACUUCAGGUUUUUUGUGGGAACAUACAAUGUAAAUGGACAAUCCCCCAAAGAAUGCCUCCGGCCCUGGCUGAGCCAUGGUAUCCAGGCCCCAGAUGUGUACUGUGUAGGGUUCCAAGAACUUGAUCUGAGUAAGGAAGCCUUUUUCUUUCAUGAUACUCCAAAGGAGGAAGAGUGGUUUAAAGCUGUGUCUGAGAGUCUUCAUCCAGAUGCCAAAUAUGCAAAGGUGAAGCUCAUCCGACUGGUUGGGAUUAUGCUGCUGUUGUAUGUCAAACAAGAACAUGCAGCAUAUAUCUCAGAAGUGGCAGCUGAGACUGUGGGGACAGGAAUCAUGGGGAGAAUGGGUAACAAAGGAGGCGUGGCGAUUAGGUUCCACUUGCACAACACCAGCAUCUGCGUUGUGAAUUCACACUUGGCAGCACACAUAGAAGAGUAUGAGAGGAGGAACCAAGACUAUAAAGACAUUUGUUCUCGGAUGCAGUUUUAUCAGAUUGACCCAAGCCUUCCCCCACUCACCAUCAGCAAGCACGAUGUGAUCUUGUGGCUGGGGGACCUCAACUACAGGAUAGAAGAGCUGGAUGUGGAAAAAGUGAAAAAGCUCAUCGAAGAGAAGGCCUAUCAAACCCUGUACGAAUAUGAUCAGCUGAAAAUUCAAGUGGCUGCUAAGACUGUCUUUGAAGGCUUCACGGAGGGUGAGCUCACAUUCCAGCCUACAUAUAAGUAUGACACUGGCUCGGAUGACUGGGAUACCAGUGAGAAGUGUCGUGCUCCUGCCUGGUGUGACCGAGUCCUCUGGAAAGGAAAAAACAUCACUCAGCUGAGUUACCAAAGCCACAUGGCCCUGAAGACCAGUGACCACAAGCCUGUCAGCUCAGUGUUUGCCAUUGGGGUAAGGGUUGUAAAUGAAGAGCUCUACCGGAAGACUCUGGAGGAAAUUGUUCACUCCCUGGACAAAAUGGAAAAUGCCAACAUUCCUUCUGUGUCCCUCUCCAGGCGAGAGUUCUGUUUUCAGAAUGUGAAAUACAUGCAAUUGCAAGUAGAGUCCUUCACAAUUCAUAAUGGACAAGUACCCUGUCAGUUUGAAUUUAUCAGCAAGCCUGACGAAGACUCUUACUGUAAGCAGUGGCUGAACGCCAGCCCCAGCAAAGGGUUCCUUCUGCCAGAUUCUGACAUUGAGAUUGAAUUGGAGCUCUUUGUAAAUAAGACCACAGCCACAAAACUCAACUCAGGUGAAGACAAAAUUGAGGACAUUCUGGUCCUGCACUUAGACAGGGGAAAGGAUUACUUUUUGUCUGUGUCUGGAAACUACCUGCCCAGCUGUUUCGGGUCUCCCAUUCAUACAUUGUGCUACAUGAGGCAGCCAAUUUUGGACCUGCCACUUGAAAGAAUUAGUGAGCUGACUCUGAUGCCACUACAAGCAGAAGAUGAUGGGAGCCAGUUGGAGAGGCCUAUGGAAAUUCCUAAAGAGCUCUGGAUGAUGGUUGAUUACCUGUACCGAAAUGCUAUCCAGCAGGAAGAUCUGUUUCAACAGCCGGGCCUGAGGUCAGAAUUUGAACAUAUCAGGGACUGUUUGGAUACUGGAAUGAUUGAUAACCUCUCUGCUAGCAACCAUUCUGUAGCUGAAGCUUUGCUGCUUUUCUUGGAGAGUCUGCCAGAGCCUGUCAUCUGUUACAGUACCUAUCAUAACUGCUUGGAGUGUUCUGGCAAUUAUACAGUGAGCAAACAGAUUAUUUCUACUCUCCCUACAUUCCACAAAAAUGUCUUCAACUACUUGAUGGCGUUUCUGCAAGAAUUGUUGAAAAAUUCAGCAAAAAAUCAUUUGGAUGAAAAUAUUCUAGCUAGCAUAUUUGGCAGCUUAUUGCUUCGAAACCCAGCUGGUCACCAAAAGCUUGAAAUGGCAGAGAAGAGGAAGGCUCAAGAGUUUAUUCACCAGUUUCUCUGCAACCCACUCUGAGCUGCUUUGUCUCCUCCAACAAUUUGACCCAAGGCAGCCAAUUGCCAGCCCCACCUGUUUCAGCUGACGCGAUGAUGCCUUAAGAUAAUGGGCGGCCUCCUGGAAGCAAGAAUGGCAGCUGCCUGUUUCCUGAGCCUAGAUCUUCCCCUUGUCAGUGCCAUUGGUUAUCAGUCUGCGCUGCGUUGUGAAAACAUGGGGGAAAUCCAUAAUAAAACUGACAUUGAUAUUCAACUUUAGUUAUUUAACACAAAUAGAUCUCUAUUAAUUUUUUUUAUUUAAAAAUUGUUUAUGUAAGUGUACUUUUGCUCACUCAACCUGCCUCCAGGAUGUAGUCAGUGCCUUCCCUUUAGCCUGGGCUCAGCUCCUUGUGAUCAGAUGUUUAAACAAAGUCUUCUGAAAGGAGAAUGAGUUGGACAUCAGGAAUGCCGAUGGAUGCUCCUGGAUGAACAACCCUCAACCAGCAAGCACUUCCAUUGCCCAAUCUGAGGGCGUGUCUCAUAGGGAAACUACCCUCUUCCUGCUCAGAUAGGCUCUCCUCAGCUCUGAAAGCACGGAUGAAAUGGGGGUGCUGGUGGAACGCCAUGUUAUCUAGACCAGCAAAUCCUCCAAACUGUUUAGGAUGUAUCCCUUUUCUCAUAUGUGUAAUAUA